AUGAAUGGGUUUUUUGAAACUUGUGUAGACUCGAGGAGGUUUCGGGUGCCAUUCAUAAAUACCAGCUUUAGAUGGCCAUUGGAGAAGAGUGGUGCCCUUCGAUUGUUCCUUGACACGAAAAAGAGAAGCAUAUGUGGAGGAAAGGAUAUCCCACGCCUCCUUGGCAGUGCUAGUUUGAGAGACAAGAGGUACAAGACUUGGGAAAGGGCCCCAACGAGAGCACCAAAAACUAGUCGAUCUUGGCGGAACCAAGUCAAGGCUGCUGGGUUGGGGGCAGAAACACCUGCAGUGGUGAUGCUCAGUGCUAUGCAUCCUAUCCAUAGAUUGUUGAAGCCACAUUUCAGAUACACAAUGGAGAUUAACGCUCUUGCUCGAGAAAGUUUGAUUAAUGCAGGUGGUGUCAUUGAAACAGCAUUUGCGCCAGGAAAAUAUUCUAUGGAGUUGAGCUCUGUUAUCUAUGACAAACAAUGGCGAUUUGACCUACAAGCAUUGCAAGCUGACCUAAUCAAUAGAGGAAUGGCUGUUGAGGACAAGAAUAGUGAACAUGAUCUAAGGUUAAUAAUUGAAGAUUACCCUUAUGCCAACGAUGGUCUUCUCAUAUGGAGCUCUAUCAAACAAUGGGUCACAGACUACGUGAACCAUUACUAUAUGCUAGCUCAAGCGAGGUAGAGCGUGAUGAAGAGCUACAAGCGUGGUGGACUGAGAUCAGAACUGUAGGUCAUGUUGACAAGAAGGACGCACCCGGGUGGCCGGACCUAAAGACGAAGCAAGACCUCAUAGACAUCGUCACCAACAUAGCAUGGACAGCCUCCGCUCACCACGCAGCUCUCAACUUCGGACAGUAUGCUUACGCCGGUUAUUAUUCCUAA